AUGGAUCGGCCGUCGGCCCCGAAGCGACCGCGCCUGUCUAUGGCCUGCAACCUCUGCCGGCAGCGCAAGGUCAAAUGUGAUGCGGACUAUCCCAGAUGCAAGAACUGUCGCGUUCGAAACCAGGAUUGUGUGACUACCGAUCCUCAACGGCCCGGAAUUCCUGGCUUACGGGAAUGGAUCGACAUUCCUGAAAGAUCGCCAGGCAUCGGUGUCACUAGUGGCAAUGGUGUGCCUCGGCCUCAGGAUGAGAGACCCGUAGUUGAGCAUGUUGCAGCAGCUGUUGCGGUACAGCGCGAUGCUGUCUCUGCUACGAACGAUGAGUCGCCUGUUCAUCAUCCGUUUAAAACGUCCGAGAACAUCGAACAUGGCACCAAUCGGAUGAAAGUGGUAGGGGGCACCAGCUCCCAGUGUCUCGCCAAGUCACUUGACGUGUUUCUCAAAGCUGCACAUCUGCAGCCUGUCUCAGGGGUCUUCCAAUAUGGGAUGAGACAUUCCGAGGAGCUGGAUAUUCCACUAACACCAUCCCUACCACCACUGCCAACCCAGGAGACGCGAGAUCGAUAUCUAAAAGCCUUUUGCACGCGGAUUUAUAUUCUCUACCCGAUCUUUGAUCUUGACGAGCUCCGGAAUGCCGUGACUCAACUUGCCGAUAGCAGCGAUGGCUUCAGUCACCUGUCGCGCGAAAGGGUACCGUCACUGGUCAGUGCAUACUUGAUUAUGAGCCUUGGAGCAGACGAGUCAUCCCAGAGUGUGACCAGGGAUGGCGAGCUCUAUCUUCGAGCUGCCACCGGGCUCUUGUCGCAUCUCAUUGUUCUUCCAUACGUCCCCGCCGUCCAGGCGCUGGUCCUCUUCGCCAUCACAUAUCGCAGCCGGAAUCAGGAGGGUCUUGGCCGGCAAGCAAUAGGAAUGGCUAUUCGGAUGGCGUACUCUCUUGGGAUUCACCGCCCUGCAAAGCUACAACAGAAUCAAGCCACAGCAGCGGAUCGCAGUUUGUAUUCUCUGAUAUGGUCGGCAUGCUGCUGUCUCGAGCGGAUGAUGCAGGUUGACUCGGGCCUCCCUACAGCCAUAGCUGCCCAUGCUCCUGGAAUCGGGCCAGAUUUUGUCCCACAGGAUCAUCACUUCCUGAAAUGGCAUUACCAAUUAUCAGAGUAUCAAGGACGGAUUAGCCAGCAUAUCUAUAAUCAUGGCCAGCUUGGAACUCGUAGUGUGCAGGAAAUCCUUCGAGACACCGCACAGCUGGACCGGGAACUGUUAGCAUGGGCGAACCAGAUCCCCGUGGAGCUUCGUCCGGGAAACGACAUCUUUUGCCCGGCGGAUGAAUUUCACAUCGUUGCCAUGCUGUCUAUCCAGUAUCAUAGCGCGAUGAUUACAUUACUAGCCGCUUCGUCCCGGCUUGAAGCGGAGGUGAGCAGAUAUUGUGCGGAGGAUCCGUCGCAGCAUCGGUUACGGAGAGGAGAGUCAAUCUGCGUCGCGAGUGCGCGCGCCAUUGCCAAGUUGAGUGUGGAGAUCGGUGACCGGAAGGCUGAUUCGCGCGUCCUGUCGGGGGGUCCUUUUCUUUUAGCCUCGAUUGUGCUGGCUAUCUAUUUGGUGAAGCAACCGGGGUCUCGGCUUCAGGCGAUGGAUUUGCAGGUAAUUACCGUCAAUCCUCACCCCUGA